AUGGACGUUGACGACAAGGUUGGUAACCUGUGCCUCAGUCUCCCGCGCAGGGCUCAUGCCCUUCAGCCGUGGGAGUCGGCGUCCUGGAUGGCUCGCUCAGCGGCCUGGCCGUGGGAGCUGUCAGUGACACAACCACCAGCAGUGGAUCCAGUACCCGUGGUGCACAGUUCCACUUUGGUUCUGAAGAGGGAAGCCGAAAAGUCUUCGGCCCCGGCAGUGCCGGAUUAUGACGGCGGCUUCGCCUUGGCCGUUUGCUCGCGGAGUACGGUGUACGAGGGCGAUCGACGGAGCUCGGCAGUCUUCAAGCUGACCGCUUUAGUAAAGGGUCGGCCGGAUGCUUUUUACAUCGUCGCACAGUGUGCCGAUUCCCAAGGUCGCGUCGAUCUUGACGAGCUCGACUUCAGCAUCAAAGCCGCCCUCAGCUACAAGGCCACCAACACGUGGGUUCGGCGGCUGAACUCCUUGUCUGCUUUCGUCCAGUGGGCGAGCACACAGUCACCACUGGCGACUCCUUUCCCAGUGACGGAGAAAGUGAAAUGGCGCUGUAUCCAGUGGAUGACGCGCAAUGGCAAAGGAGCUUCGAGUCCGUCGAGCCUGCUUCAGAGUCUGAACUGGUACUCCGGGGUUUGCGGCCUCGCCUUCGAGUCGGAGGUGACCAGCUCUCGGUUCAUCGGCCUUUGCAGGAGCACGGAGGCCAGCGCCCCGACCAUGUCCAGUCUCGUCGACAGCGUCGCGGAGUUCAAGAGCCGGGCCCAGCAAUUGUUGGGCGAAGAGGACGCUCGGAAGCUCCUCACAAACGACAUCAAGUCCUUCGGAGAGCUGGCCUACAGUGUAGCCGACCAGCCCGACCGCAUCA